AUGUUUGUGCCAUUGAGAAGAGCAUUGCCUAGACAAUCAGUCAGGCUCAUUACAAAUGCUGCAUUUAAUCAGCGUACGAGGUUAGAUAGACCUAUUAGUGUGGCACCCAUGGUAGACAUCAGCACUCCUGCAAAGUUACUACGUAUUAUAUCUGGAAGUUCCCGUUACGCAUAUUAUACUGAGAUGCACCAUGGUCAAGCUAUUCUUCAUCACACAUCUCAUUUGGAUUGGUUUGUUGGACCACCACAACCCAAUGUUGUUGUUCAGCUAGGUGGUGCUGAACCACAUAUGAUGGCCCAGGCAGCAAAGGCCCUUGAGAAACAUGGAUACCGGGAAGUAAACAUCAAUGUUGGUUGCCCGAGUGCAAAUGUUCAGUCCGGGAAAUUUGGUGCAGUAUUGAUGAAGACACCUGAAAUAGUGGCAGACAUCUUGUCAGCCAUGGAGACUUGUGACGUUUCCAUUCCAGUAACAGUAAAAUGUAGAAUUGGUGUGGAUAAGCAGGAGUCUUUUGAGUUUCUUGAGAAAUUUGUGGACACCUUACUUCAAAGUAAACGACCACCUCCUCAUCUGAUCGUCCAUGCACGCAAAUGCAUUCUCAAGGGCCUGACUCCAAAAAAGAACCGGACCAUACCACCGUUAAACUACGAUCGUGUGUAUCAACUAAGAGAUAGAUUUCCAGAAUUGCCAAUAUCCAUCAAUGGUGGAUUUACAACUGUUGAUAUGGUCAAUAGGGCAUUAGAACAAGUGGAUGGUUGUAUGAUCGGAAGACAAGUCAUGAACCAUCCCAUGUUUCUCCAAGAAUUGGAUAGAGAUUACGGAGAAAAACUUCUUUCUGAGAAACAUCUUUUGGAAGGAACACGUCUGCCACCCUUAACUAUUCUCAUCAAACCUCUGAUGAUGUUGUUUGAGGGACGUCACGGCCGUAACUUCCGCAGAGAACUCUUUGUUGAACUCGACAAAAAACCAUCUCUCUCUGAUUUCCGCUCUGUUGUUCUUCAAGCUAUUUCCAGUGCUGAGGUCCCUAUUAAUUUUUCCCACUCCAACUGA